AUGGCAUCAUCAUCACAAGAGAGUAACGUUCGACCUCCAUCUGCGAAACAAACAGCUACAACAACUGAACAACCAUCAGUUGAUGCACAAACGAAAAUCAACAACGACACUACUAAACCUGAAACUAUUCGACCGCCAUCUGCAUCUACAACGAAAGACAAGCCCGUGGAAGCUGCUUCAUCGAAUGAUAAAGAAACAACAGGAGAAAAGGCACAAGAAAACUCGUCUACAACAACAGCACGAGUCGGGUCCGCAACACAAAAACCACAAACAGCAAACACUGACGACAAAUCGACUCAGCCAACACCCGUCAACAGACCUCCAUCUGCAACUGUAAAAUCCUCUGAAGGAGCGUCAAAUGCCGUAGCCACACCACGAGUUGGAUCGGCAAGGCAAAGUACAACUGCACCACAAACAACAGAUAGUAAACCAGCAGAAAAUACUACCCCAGAUACAACUGCUUCUUCGACACCUGCUACGGCAACAACUGAACAAAACUCUAUACAGCCAACUCCAAGACCAGGAUCAUCUAGCAAAAAAGAGCCAGCAAUAAACGCAGGAAGUACUACUCAGCCUGCCAGACCACCAUCAGCAACAAAAAGCCAACAACCACCAUCAUCAAGUGAACCAAGCUCAACACCGGUCGCGCAACCAGGCCCGUCAACUUCUAGUGAUCAAACGAAUCCGACACCACCUAUUAUAGGCCCGCCUGUUAGAGUUCCAUCUGCUUCAUUAAAAGCACCAGAAAAAACGACCUAA